AUGCCCCCGCUAUCACAAUAUCACUUCGAAAUACUACCUCAUGACGAGGCGAGUGUACAGCAAUGGGUCCCAAAAUACAUCGAAUAUCGCCUGAACGCACUCAAAACAGCCCCUGACAGCUUCGGGUCCUCCUACGAAAAGGAAGCCGGCAUGUCCGAAGCACAAUGGAUUUCCAUGCUCUGCGAGCCUGCUUUUAGGGUCAUCAUCGCUGUUCCCCGGGCAGAUGAUGGUACCCUGCAAACCCCUGUUUGGGAGAACGAGUGGGCAUUGAUUUCCAGUCUCUACGGACCUCGCUGUCACCACGAACCCUACCACGACAAUGAAAACGACUGUCAUGAAUCGUCCUGGUUCCUCGGAACCUCGUUUGUUUCUCCUCAACACCGGCAACGGGGCAUGAUUCUGGAGGCCUUUGCCACAGCCGAGCGAGCAGCUGUCAGCGAGGACAGCCAGACUUUCCAAAAGCGACAGCAAGCUCAGCUUCAGCGCCGAUCUGGGCAUCGAUCGAAGCCAUUCCGAACACGCAUGUUGGGCUCGAGCACUACUACGCACCCCACCGUCUUGAAUUACUACCGAACAACUGGACUUGAAGUCUCGCAUACGAUCAAAAGGAGAGACGUUCCUCGACUGUGGAGGUGGAACAUCUCGGUCAGCCCUGAUAAGUUGGAUGAGCUGGCCACUAUAUUGGUGAAGAUUAUUCCAUGGGAGGGUGAACCUAAUUUGGCGCGGCUGUAA